ACGCAAUCAAGGCAGACAGGCCGAUCGCGCACACACAUGCAUGCACGUCCAACCGACCGAACCAACAACACGCAGAACCAACAACCCCGAACAGACUCGCUCUCGCUCCCUCAAUCGCUCCCUUGCUCUCUCUUGCCUGCUUCUUGCUUGCUGGUUGAGUUUGAGGAGCAUCCUCCUCAUCACCUCCACCCCACCAAUCAGCAGUGACGAGAAGUUUGACAACAACACUGCGACAGCAGCAACUUUCAAAACCCACAAAGACACCAACACAGCGGAGAGGUCCAUUCAACACACCCGGCACAAUCCUUACACCACGUGUGCUGAGAAGAGGAAGAGAAAGGGAUUGCCACCAUGCUGUCGUCCCCAGCUGGGACGACACAGGUUCAAUCACCGACCGCAAGCAAACAGUCAUCCCCAGUCAUGGAGCGAAGAAGACGGCCGUACACCACGGCCCUUCGAUAUGACGAGAUCACGACACUCGCCCCCGUCUUCUCCCUGACGCAAGCCGAAGCAAGGCAUCCCGUGGACACGUUCCAAACAGUCGAAGUAGAGGGCGCUGUGUCAAUGCACGCCGCUCACGAGCACCAACAAGACCUUCACCUUGAAGAUGCCCUGGCCAUCAUGACCAAGGGCACUGAUUUCUUCAGUGUGCGUGAGAAGAGUGCAAUUGUCCGCGUCACACUUCAGUUGUCGUCGCAGUAUGACCGCAUUGUCAUCUUUCGCAAUGGCACGCCACGUGUGCGCAUCGAGAUCGAGAGCAUCUGUGAUGCCAGAUGGGGACUCAUGCCUGCAGGCAACGAUCUCAAAGCGAAACACGGCGAAGUCGUGCCAGUUCACGACGCAUUCUGCAUUGUGUUUUGGCACCACUGGAUGGACUGGUCAUUUCUGAACCUCAGAGGCCUAGAUGCAACAGCGGUGCAAGCAUGGGUGGGAGGACUCAGGGCGCUGCUUCGCAUUUCAAUGAAGCCGCGUUUUGAUAGUUUUGCAGUGCGGCUGCAGCGGCUGUUUGUCGCGUUGCAUGCAGGCAAUCAGCCACUCUCAGACACUACACUUCUUGCCAAGCUGGCGCGCGGUGUGAACGCAAUGCCAGUGGACCACAGCUGCGUCUCCACAUUGGCUGCAACGCAAUUGCGUGUGCGCGAAUUCCUGUCCUUGACAGACACUGACACGCCAGACACGCUGGUGCAUGCGAGCGCAGUCUAUUACGCGCACGUGGCUGUGAUGCAUCCGGAACUUGCAGAUGUGUUCGUCAAAUACACAGGCAGCGUUUAUCAAGCGAUGACGGAUGACGCGUUUGAUUUGUUCCUCCAUUGCGAGCAAGAGGAGGAGCCAUCCAAGGAGGAGCGAUGGAAGAUUGUGGACCAAUAUGAACCAUCACCAACAUUGCGACACCACCACCGGCUCUCACUAGCAGGGUUCGUUGCGUAUCUGCUGAGCGACGAGCACGGGAGCGCCCUUGAUCCGGCCCACCGCCACGUGUGCCAAGAUAUGACGCAGCCGCUCUCGCACUACUUUGCCUCUUCCUCCCACAACACAUACGUGAGCGAGCGCCAGAAAGGCUGUGAGUCGUCCGUGGAGAUGUAUGUGCAGUGCCUGCUGCGCGCCUGCCGGUCCGUCGAGUUGGACUGCUGGGAUGGCGAUGAUGGCGAACCAGAUAUCACGCACGCCGCAGCGCUGCCGUUCAACGGAGCGUUUGCAUUCACAUCGCGCAUCAAGUUCGCGUCUGUGGUGCGGGCCAUCAACGAUUAUGCAUUUGUCAGCUCGGAUUAUCCGCUCAUCCUCUCCCUCGAAGACCACUGCAGCAUCAAGCAGCAAGAGAAGAUGGCACGGUACUUUGUGGAAGUGUUUGGCGACAAGUUGUUGACGCAGAUGCUGCCUGGACACGACAAGGAUGAACUGCCGUCACCACAGGCCCUCAGAGGCAAAAUCCUCAUCAAGCACAAGAAACUCGGCGUGAGCGCAAAGGAUAGAGACUCUUUGUUGCGUCUCCGUGCCCUUCGCACAGCAUCCGACGAUGGUCUUGACGAUGAAGAGGAAGACAUUGCACGUCAGGCCUGCAGGGAACGACGAUCAGAGUCUGUGCCGCCGGAAGUGCGUCGUGCCCAUCAGCGCGCGUUUCGCCCCAAGGAUGGAAAACCGGACAAAUCAUCCACUCUUCGUGCUGAAACCACUUCCCCUACCCACCACCAGCCUUCAUUGCCACAUGAGAGUGCUGAUCGUCAGCCAAGUCAGCACGACGUUCUUUCGAGCGACUUGCAAGCACUUGCGCAAUCGAAUGGCGCCGCUGUGUUGAAGAUCAGCAACCGUUGGCGUGCACGCGUUCAGAAUGCGACCGCGACAGACCAACAACAUCAACAGCAGCAACAGAAACAACAACAGCCACCACCACCACCUUCAUCAUCGUCACAAGCGCCAGGAGCUCGACUUUCUGAUGUAGGAGAAGGUGAACAAGGUCGAGGUGACAUGGAGACCGAGGAUCGAUUGGAGCCACUGCCCCAUGUUGCGUCAGCACAGCAGUUGCAUCACGAGCAGUAUGAGCACUGUCGCACUUCAUAUGGAAACAUGCAGCGGCCAGCAACGGCAAGCGGUGGCAUCCGUGUCAGCUACGAUGACGACGACCUGGCAGCACUCACCUGCACCACCACCAACAGCAAGAACAGCAGCAGUGGCCAUGGCAGACAGGCCAGAAACCGCAAGAGGAGGAGCACACACCGCGCUCGCAUGGCUGUUGGCAGCGGUGCGAGCGACAACGACGAUGGUGACGACGACGACAAUCAUCAUGAUGGUGAUGGCCAUGGCGAUGAUGGUGGACAUGUGAACUUGAGUGAGAUGAUCAUGGCACGCGAGCACGCGUUACCUUGCUCCCGUGAUGAGAGCUGUGUGUCGUCCAUCGUUAUGAGCUCACAUCGUGACAGCAUCAGCACAGCUGGCCGAUUCAGCGGUUACAGUGGCUACUCACACUCCGUCACCAACAGCCACCACCACCACCAACAUGGCAGUGGUACUGGUGACGACGGUGAUGGUGGCAGAGGGAGGAAUGGGCGACAGCGAAGUCGAUCGGCGAUGUUUGGAGGGCCGAUGGCGCAUCAUCCGCGACCGGGUCGCAACCGCUCUCGCUCCCUCAUUCCCGCGGCCCUUCCGAAGCGCGGGGAUCGAUCGCUGAGCAGCAGCAACGGCAGCCGCACUGGUGCGCUGGGUGGCAGUGGCGCUGGGUAUGUCAUGCGCAUGCCCCACAUCGCCGAGGACGAAGAUGAGGACGAGGCAUCAGUGGCAUCGACUACAAUGCAAGAUGGCUGUGGCGAGGGAGCUGCGACGGUGUAUGAGCAGGACGAGAGCCCAAACGAGAUGGACGCGUGUGUUCUCGUGUCGUCGCGACCCACAACCCCACCACUCCACAGCAGCCACCAAUACGACGAUGACCAGCAAACACAGCAACAGCCAUCGCACCAACCAGAACCCUCACAUCAACACCAGCAGCAGCAGCGGCGGCGACACAGCAGCAGCUCGCCAACUGAAGUGCGAUCAAAGUCGGCUGGAUCAUCGCCCCGUCGCCUUGCACGCGCGCGGCGCAAGUUGUCGCAAUCACGGGAGGACUCCGAUGUGUUUUCGUUCUCGACUUCAACUGCACACAUGAGUGCCAGGCCAACAACGCCGCCAACAAGCAUCUCCCCCCAGUUUCGUUCGCGAGACUCUGCGCUCACAGCAGUGCAGGAGGAAGAUGAAACGACACGUGUGCCCACACAGCAUCGCAGCCACCACCAACGUGAUCUCUAUUGUGACAGUGACGACGACGAAGAUGGUGAUGGUGGUGGCAAUGACAAGAAUGACAGACGCUCGAAUCAUUUCCCCGUUGCGUCGCUGGACGAUGUCGAUCAAUAUCUCGCAGUCACAGCUCGCUUCAGACGUGACAGUCCAGCACAGGCUGAUGACGGCGAUGAGACGACAACGAAUGGGCACACGCGCUCACGAUCUGUGAUCCCAUCAACACACGCGCGCAGCAGAAGCGCAUCUGCACAUCGGCGACCACGCACGAGCGAAGGGGGGCGAAGGUCGGAGGGUGGCAGGCUCAUGCGAUACGAAAAGCAUCUACAGCAUCAGCGGCCAGGGCGUGGGCGUUAUCCAUCCAGCGAUGCUGACACGCCGUUGCAAUCACCACCACAGCAGCAGCGUUCCAGUCACGUGUCUGCGACUGGCAUUGGAUUGUACAACGGACCAUCACCACCAUCAACACGAUGCUCGCAUGGUGCCGGCAGCUGUGCAAACUGCAACGGAGCUGCUCCCAACUUUGACGAAGAUGAAAUCAGCGAAGAGCCAUCCUCUGGCGUUCUCGAACCGGAAACAGCACAGCGGCGACUGGCGCGGCGGUUGGAGCGUGCACAGCACAUCGCCCGCUAUCAGACGAUUGAAGAACUCCAGUUCUAUGGGCACAAACAGCCCGUGGUUGCACAGAGCAUGUCAGAUCUCGUCAUCUACACGCGCGCGGUGAAGUUUACGCGCUUUGCGUCAAAGGCGCUUGAACGUGAUGCCAUCUCCAAACACCGUCGCCGCGACGCUGGCGAUGGUGGUGAUGGCGACAGUGAUGAUGAUGAUGACGACGACAGCGUGCAUGCGCCCGUGUUUGCAUACGAAAUGUCAAGCUUCAAUGAGAGCGCUGCGCUGCGUCUUGUGAACAAACGGCGGCAAAAGUUGACGGAACACAACAUCUACAAGCUCACGCGCGUCUACCCACAUGGAAGGCGCAUCGACUCGUCCAAUUUCAAUCCUCUUCCAUUUUGGAGCGCGGGAUGCCAACUUGUGUCACCGAACUGGCAGACGCCCGACACGAACAUGCUGCUGUACAACGCAUUUUUCCAGCACUUGAACGGCGGCUGUGGAUAUGUCCUCAAGCCAAAGUUCAUGCGCGACCCAGAACUGUUGAUGGAACGGUCGCUGUUUCCCGCGAAAUUUGAGCGCACGCUGACGUUCACUGUGGUGUCUGGGUUGAACCUUCCACCCGGCACCCACUACACCGUUCACAUUGAAAUGCAUUCGACAACCGGUACUGAAGAGUUUACAACGUCGAACGUGCGCGAAAACGCCAACUGCAAAGGAUCCGCUCUCUGGAUGGAAACAUUCGUCAUCAAGUGCACGCUGCCGGAGUUGCAGAUGCUGCACGUGUGGAUUGAGCCACGAUUUUCAUCAGGUGGCAGGCGUGGCAGCGGCAACACCAACACCAAUACCGGCAACAACAACGCCAGCACCAACAACACCUCCAACACCGGCAACAGCAAUACCGGGACCAACACCGACACCACCACUGGUUGCGCAACGAACACAACAGCUGCAUGCGGUGGCAGUGACACGAGCGAUGCCGACGCCGUCGACCAUCCGCUCUUCGAAGCAUGGCUACCUGUGGUAACGCUUCGAACAGGGUAUAGGAAAAUCAGUCUCGCACCACCGGGCGCGCUCAACCCGUCGUUCCUCGCCUUCAAGCACGGCAAACUCGCCAAAGGUGUGAGUGUGCGGCGCCCUGCACAACAGCAGCCAGCAGCUACCACCCCCACCACUGCGCCCGACACUGCAAAUCCGUGCAACCCCAAAUGCCACACCAGCGGCAGCACCAACGCCACCAGCCAAUGCACUGCACAACGCUCCCUGUGUCACCAUGGUGCUGGUGUGCGAAUCUGCACGUGCGAGUGUCCAUGUGUGGACAAGAACGCACGCGACAAGCACAACGCAGCACAUGGCGACGGCAUCAACGACGCCAGCAGCGGCGCCGAUGCAGCUGCCACUCGCAAGGGGCGUGAGCCUUCGUUGACAGCACUUUCCAAAAAGGGAAGGUCAAAGUCUGCCGGACGCAACCGAUCGCGUGACCCGAGUGCAAGUCCCCAAACGGAGCGAAAGCGGCGGUUUUUUUCGCCUCGCCUCCGCCGCAGGCGCAAAGAGAGCACAGACAUUACGGCAAAGGGCACGAGCACAACAAGCACCCAUCACCACGACGACGAUGACGACGACGACGACAACAUUGGUGCUGAUGCAGUUGUCUGUGGGUCGUGUGGUGGCGUUGUGUGUUCCGCGUGCGGUGGUGGUCAUCACAACAAUGAUGUCGCUGACGUUGGUGGACGUGACGCAACAACGCGGCAGUCUCCUGAUGUUGGAAGCAGGGGCCCACGCCUUGUCGUGUCAACUGCCGACGACGCAGCAACGGCGACGCAGAACGACAACAACAGCAACAACAGAAACAACGAUGAUGAUGAUGAUGAUGAUGAUGCGCACCAACAUCAGAGUGACGACAUUCACGUGCACUUUGAUGCAAGCUUCACUGUUGAUGAUGUGGACAGCGGCGAGGUGGCUGCAGGCACUGAUCGGGGGCGAGUCAACAGCACGGCCAGCCGCGCGAGCGGCAACAGCCUAAGCCCAUACAGCAACACGUGCCACCACGACGAUGACCCUGACAACAGCUGCUGCGACAAGCACAGCGAGCUCACACACGCGCACACCCCUCACCCACGACGGGAGCGCUCUGCACAGCGUUCACGCCAUCACAGCCUCCGCCGCACACGCAGCCGCAGCAGCAGCCACACACGCUCGCGCAGCAAGAGCAUUGGGCGGCGUCAUCGAAGCGGUACAGGAGCUUCAUCCAUGCGCGCGUCACGGCGGCGCGGCUCCCACUCGCAUGGGGCAGGUCCUUCGGCUGUCCUUUCAUCGUUUGCCUCGCAAACGUCAAUCCUGUCCUCCUUGCUGAAUGACGAUGACACCGGCACUAACGGUGGUGCAAGACCGUCAUCUACCCCGCCGACUGUCGCCGCGCAGACACCAACGGCAGAUGCAGGCACAGCGCGCUCAUCACAAACAUCAGCGAGCGACGACACGCCGAGCAGAAGCGACAGCAUGUGUGACAGUCGCCGGGACAGCAACAACAACACGCAGCACGGGGAGUGUGGCCCCAAAGCCGAUGCGCGCAGUGUGCGCGGGUCAAACAGCAGCGCUGUUGCUGGAAGGGCGAGCCACGAGCAUGUGAAGCACGGUGGCCACAGACUGACGUCGCCGUCACUCAAGGCAAUGGCUGGACGGGCCAGGCGUGUGUUUACCCGCAACAAACAAUCCUCGUCGCAGCUGCAGCAGAAGCAACAGGGCACGCAGGCAUCGCUGUUGUCAACAUCAUCGACAUCAACAGCGACAAUUGCGGCACCAUUGAUGUCAACACGCCCGGCAUCUGCUGCCUCUGGUCGCUCUGGUGUGUCAGCCUGGUCAUCCACCCUCUCGCUCACGCAAACCGGCGGUGUCACUCGCAGCAGCGGUGAUUGUGGCGGCUGUGAUGAUGGGCGGAGUGGGGUGGCGAGUGGACGAAACACCAGAAAGCCAUCCGAUUCAGUCACACCGCACAGCACCCAGGGAUCAACGCGAUCAGUGGGAAGCAGCACCAGCAGCAGCAACAGCAAGGAAGAUGUGUGUGCGAGCUUUACGCUGCCUGGCACACAGAUGGCGAGCGCAAACAGCCUUCCACCAACGCUCAUCGUUCACAUUCAGGACGCCGCGUCCACCCGUCGUCCACGCCAUCGCUCCUCCACAUUCGGCAGGCUGUUGGACCUGCAGGCCGAACGCAAGACAAACAGCCUCCAAAAGUCGAAGCGAGGUGGUGCGUCGCAUUCGCCGAGUGGGACGCUCACGUGCGACAUCAAGGACGCCGUGGACAGCCAGUCUGAUCCGCUGUUGCAUGCGAACGUGUUUAUCCACGUUGGAAUGUAUGAGGAGGACGAGGCUGUGCACGCAUGCGAGACAAGCAGCGCCGCCCAGCCAACCAUGCUGUCCUUUGUGCGCGUGUCUGAAACGGACCAGGUUGUGGACAUCGUUGACAAAUACUGCGAGAUGCGUGGCGUUGAUCUGGCGCCUGGUGAAGAACUGGUCCUUGCCCACAGGCAGGACUUGGAGGACAGCGAGCACGCAGUCCUCCCUCCACUGACACACCCGCAUUUGGAGCACAACACGUUCUUCUUCCUGCGCCACUGCUUCCCAGACCUGCGCAAGACGGUGCUUGGCGACGUGUUCAUCUUCUAUGUGCACUUGAGCGCCGGUGACGACCAAGACGGGCGCCCUCGCUCCCGCACCAACACGGUGUCGUCCACCACAUCCACCACAUCCACAGCGUCGCCAAUGGCGCCAACAGCCGCCGCCGCCGCUGCAGAUCAGCAGCGCUACCGUCGGAGUUCAGUGUCCACGUCGUCACUGGCUGCAAGCGUGCUCUCGCUUGGGCGCAACACAGCCGCCAGCACACAUGCACACGCACCAGUUCUCUCACGUCUUCGCUCGCAGCGUCAUCCCUCUGUCAGCACAGACAGACCUGCGACGCUACAGGAACACAGGCAGCAGCAGAGGCAGCAGCAGCAGCAGCAAUCACGGCUUGCAGGUGUGGGACGCACACCAUCCCUGGUCUUUCCCCACGAUCAACAGCAGCAAGAUCAGGGACAAGAAGAUGAAGUACGAGAGCACCACCAGCAUCAGCAGCAGCAAGGUGUGGCUGCGUCACCGCAUCCUCUCACGCAGCCGAUGAUUCAAGAGAGCGGCGAGCGUGCAAAUACGCGCGUUCACCCUCUUGCACGCACCACAAGUGCCCACGGCACGAGCAGCCUUCGUGUCACCACGUCAGCGACAUCCCCGCCGCCAUCCCCGCUGCCAGCAAUCCCUCCAACAUCACCCGCACGAGCCCGCUCCCCUGGUGCAAGCCAGCACCGUGCACCCUCGCCCCUCAGCCGCAGCCACGAGCGCGCGCCGUCUGUGUCCGGCGACGCGGUGACUGCUGGUGCGCCCACAUCCGCUCCAUACUCGUCAGCAUCACACGCGGCGACGCAGCAGCGCACCCCACCGUCCACCUUGUCAAGUGCACGUGGAAGCAACAGCAGCGACCAAGCAGCAACCUCUUCCUCCACGAAGCCCGCAACAACGACAACGACAACAACGGCGACACCAGCAACGGCAGCAGCAGCAACAACAACAACAACACCUACUGCGGCUCCCACAGCCGCAACACCAACUGCCACAGCCGCAGCACAGGGUGCAACAUCUGCGACUGCUGCUACGCCAGCGAUGGCGAUGGCGCCUUCGGUCAUUUCUCGUGGCGUGAGUUCGGCAGGUGCUGCUGCUGUGUCUUCCACGCCCUCAUCUCGUCGCGGCAGCACGUCCACGUCGAGUGCCAUGAGCCCAUGGAACAGGCUGAAACGUUUUGUCACGCACAAGCGCAGCACCGCCCUGAUGCAACCCCGCUUCCUACUCAUUGGCGGUGGAAAGGUGAUGACGUUUGAUCCGGAGACAGGCCAGAUGCAACACGUGCUCUCCCUCAAGUUUUUGAAAACAUGGAAGGUGCGCAAGAGCAACAACACGAUGCUGCUUCGCUUUGAAGACGGCAGCGAAGUCAGCGUACAGGUGCGAUGCGAGGUGCAGCGGCGCCUGCUGUGUAACGCCAUCGCCAAACACUUGGCGGCAAAGACUGGAGAGACACACGCGUCUACGCGCGCACAGGCGCUGAGCAGUGGUGUGUACACACCAACAUCAGCGACAACUUCGCCAACGGCAACAGCACGCCGCCGCUACUCGCGUGCAAGCCAGGACUUUGACGCUGAUGUGUUCAACACGAGCGCCCCGGCGACGCGCCGAAGUUCACUGCAGGUUGUACUUGAGAACAUGGAACAGCGUCGUAGCAGUGCAGCCGCCGUCACCAUGUCGGGGAUGUUUGAUGAAGAAGGCGAUGCGGGCGAUGUCAACGAAGGUGCAAGCGUUUCUGGCGACCUGGUGGAGAAUGUGUGGCAGGACGACGACAACGACGAUGAUGACGACGAUAAUGACGACGAUGAUGACGAUGAUGACGACGAUGAUGACGACGAUGCGGACAAUGCAGAUGACGGUGGUGAUAGAGCUGGUCUUUCAGCUUCACAGGAGAGUGAAAGGAGUGUUGUACAGACACACCACCAUCGCCACGACCGUCGCCACCAUCACCAUCAUCACCACCACUACCAUGAUCGUGAUCAUCCGACGUUUGUGAGCGCUGCAACGUACUUUCACCGCCACCGGCGCCCACCUCAGCGAGAUGAGGACUGCUUGUCCGAGCACACGGAGGUGUCCGACAGCGACACGAUUGCUUCACAGAGUCCAGGCAACCGUUCUCCGCUCUCAUUCUCGUUUUCACAAGCUACUACCGCACAGCAGAACCAACAGCACCAACAACAACAGCACCAGCACCAACAACAACAGCACCAGCACCAGCACCAGCAGCAGCACCAGCAGCAGCACCAGCGGUUGCAUGCGCAGAGCCCACCACGCAUGCUGUCAUCACAGGCACUGAUGGAGAAUGUGACGACACCACCACGCACACCCAGCCCACUCUCUUCUGCGCUGGUGUCGGCUUCCUCGCACGCAAGCAGGGCAGCGCGAACCAAGUCACCCCUCUCGCCAUCAGCAUCAGCGGCAACGACAACAGCAGGGGCAGAGACCCGAGACGUGACACGUGCGUCCCCACAGUCUCCAAACACGACUGUGUUGCAGCAAGCGCAUGGGGUGUACGAGCUGGACACGUCUGGUGAUUGGAGCAGUGCACCCACCGCAGGCAACAGCCAGGGUGCGAGCAAUACCAGCAGCCCAGGCAGCAGCGUGCGACACCCGCACCGUAAACAUGCAUCAGAUCAUCGCUCCCGCUCGGGCAUGUCGCGGUUUGUGCACAUGAUUCGAUCAUCAAUUAACGGCCGCUCCUCCCGCGCCUCCGAGAGUGAAGACACCGAUGUGGAGGUGGAAAUGGUUGACGCGCUCAGCGUGGCUGAGCGUGGCGCAGAUGGUGACGCAGAACAACUUUGCGGGGGCGGGCGCACGCGUGGGGAAUCGCCUAUUCGCCGUGGUCUUCGCAAAGGACUGUCGCACCUGCACCUUGGUCGCCGCCAUCGCAGCCGCAACACCGACAGCCAACGUGGCAGUGGCUCCAGCACUGCAAGCUCGGACAUUCACGCACCGGUGGCCCAGCAUACAGUGGAAGCAGUGCAUGUAGCACAAGGAGCGCGUGCAACAGCAGCGACAGCAGAUCAGACAGCUGAAAGCGUGCACACUUCUGUGCUUGACGUCUCGGCAGGCCUUUACCGUGCGCGUAAUGACAGCGCUGAUGGCUACGAUGACGAUGACGAUGAUGGAUAUGUGGAGGUUGGCUCAACAACCGACACAGACUAUGAUGAUGAGAGCGAUGAUGAACUCGAUGCUGCGGAAGUGGCAGAGAACACAGCCAUGCACGGCCGUCACCACGUUCAUCAUCACCACGGUCACCACCACCACGGGCAUGGUCAUGAUGAUGGUUGCAGACCCCGUGUCGAUGGGUACGAUGGUGACGACAACGAAGAUGAAACGCGUGUUGAACAGCUACACGUCGAGAAUCAUCUUCACCACCAUCACCGCCACCAGCACGCACACCUUGACCACCACCGCGCGCACCCUCAUCAUUAUCGCGAUCACAAACGCGACCAACGCACGCAUCACGCGCGUUCUCAUGCCCGCAGUCGCAGUCGUGGUCGUGGUCGUGGUCGGAAGCACGCGCGUGAGCUGUCGCCACCACACGACCGCUACCUUCUUCACCGCCUGCACAGCGAACAAGGCGACGACAAUCGUGACACGCGCCAUGGCGGUGGCGGUGAUGAGGGCCCACCACCUGCUGCAGAUGACGUGGAAAUGGAGAUGGAUGCAGGCGAUGAGGAUCGCGCUGAUGGUGUACAGGACCAGCAUCCCCGCCACCGUGACAGCUUCCACCGCGGCGUUGUUGAUGCUGAUGGCGAAGAUCAUGAUGAUGAUGAUGAUGAUGAUGAUGAUGGUCGCGGUGACGAUCGUGGUGAUUAUGACGAUGGUCGUGGUGACGAUCGUGGUGAUUAUGACGAUGGUCGCGGUGACGAUCGUGGGGAUGAUGGUGAUGAUGAUGUGGAGGAUUUGUCCGCCCUUACAGCGAGUGGACGCGAUCGCCGCAAGUCCUACGCGGCGCUGGUGUCGAGCCGGUUUUCACAGCACGCGUCAUCCCUACCUGCGCACACAUUGGCGCGGUUGAGUUACGAGUCCACGUUUGCGUUCAGCUCAAGCGACGAAGCAGAAGGUGAAAGAGCAGCGAGGGGUAGCACAGACAGCACUGCCAGCUGCGUCGUGAACAACGUGGGCUCAUAUGACGUGAUUGCAGACACAACCGAUGACGACACGACAGACGACGAUGACGCUGACCAUGACAGCGACGGCGGCGUGUUUGACGAUGACGAUGACGAUGAUGGUGAUGCUGAUGAAGGUGGCAACGAGCAAGCCCACAAGAGCAGCGGGGGCAUUGAAGCUCGCCACAGUCGCCAACAUGAUGCAGAUGAUGCGAAUACACUCGACUGGUCGCUGCUGAUGUUGCUAACACACCUCAUCAACUGCUCAUCACAUCAGCACUUGACGGAUCCGCACCUUGUUCCCCUCCGCCUGCGCGCCAUUCGCGCUCUGCAGAAGCUCGUUGCGUCGCAGUCCGGAACCCAGGCCACCACCGAACACAUCAAGACUGCUGCCAAGGAGAUGAUGUGCAUCCACACGCUGGUGCAGCUUGGAUUGGAGGAUGGAAGCCUGGAGGAAGCAACAGAAAGCCUGGCCACCAUCGCGUCAGUUUUGGAGAACGACACUGUUUGCGCGGUGUUGCGUUCUGACGAUGAUUCAACACAACAGCAGCAGCAGCAGCAGCGCGGCACUGGUGGUACGCAGUUAAACCGUGUUGUGAGGAACACAAGCGGAUUUCGCGUGCUAAACUGCUGA